AUGUUAGACAAGUCUUUAGGAGGAUAUGUGACGAUCAAUUCGUUCUUUUCAACUUCGUUCGAUUAUAAUCGUGCUCGGUCGUUUGUUAUGAAUGAAGUACGAACGAAUGAGAUGCAACGCGUUCUCUUCGAAAUUGAUGCUGAUCCUCAACUGAAAAAUAUCCAACCAUUCGCUGAUAUUAGUUCAAUCAGUUAUUAUUCAGAAGAAAGAGAAGUCUUAUUUAUGAUUGGCUCAAUUUUUCGUUUNUAUGUGACGAUCAAUUCGUUCUUUUCAACUUCGUUCGAUUAUAAUCGUGCUCGGUCGUUUGUUAUGAAUGAAGUACGAACGAAUGAGAUGCAACGCGUUCUCUUCGAAAUUGAUGCUGAUCCUCAACUGAAAAAUAUCCAACCAUUCGCUGAUAUUAGUUCAAUCAGUUAUUAUUCAGAAGAAAGAGAAGUCUUAUUUAUGAUUGGCUCAAUUUUUCGUUUGGUUGAUAUUGAACAAAACGACGGAGAGCGCUUUUGGAUUGUUCGAAUAAGAUUAUCGUCAUUGAAUGAUUAUCAUUUGGAAGGUCUUCUUCAACGUACGAACAACAAAAGAAAGAAUUUAGUAGAUUUUGCAACUAUAUUGAAUAAUAUGGAUAAAUUAGAUGAUGCUGAAAGAUACUAUCAGCAAUCUUUCAAUGAAGAUUGUCAAGAUGAGAAGGAUUUGUGCGCAUGUUGUUGUGGUUUAGGAAGUUCAGCAAAGCAAAAAGGUGAUUAUGAUUUAAGUUUGAAAUAUUACCUGAAAUCAUUUGAAAUUAAAAUGAAAAAGUUCAAAUUAAAUGAGAAAAACUCAUAUAAACAAGCGUUACAAAUCUUUCAACGAGUGAAUGUUGAAGAUCAAUCGUCGAUUGCCAUGUGUUUGAAUAAUAUUGGAUUUAUUUCUGAUAAACAACAAAAGUAUUCUCAAGCAUUGAGUAUUUGGGAAAAACGUCUCUCUAUUGAUUAUAAUCAUGUUGGAAGUGUGCAUACGAAUAUUGAAUUAACUUAUCGGCGUCUAUGUCAAUACGAUUUAGCUUUUUGUCACACUUGA